CCCGACUUGGAACCAGUUCUGAAGGGCAUCUUAAUUUAUAUGGAGCCCCAACAGCACAUUGCCAUCUGCGGUCGCUCAAGCAGCGGGAAAAGCUCUCUGGUCCUUUGUCUCCUGAAGAUGUUCGACACCCAAGCCGGUCACAUCAGCAUCGACGGUGUCGACACCGAGUCUUUCCCAUGUGCCGAGGCUCGCUCACAUAUCAACCUGGUGCCCCAAGACACUUUUCUCUUGCCGGGAACCGUGUGA